AUGAAUGCCGAUCAAAUUUUAGAUUUGUUAGAAGAUUCUGACUUAGAAUUUGAAGAUAACGACGAUUAUGAUGCAGAUCCAAGCUUUACUUUACCUAAUCAACACGGAAAUAAUAUUUUGUGUGAGUCAAGUGAUUCUGAAAUAAGACAGUUUGUGAAAGGUAAACCUAGACCAGUUGGUCUCAAACAUUUUGUAAUUACUACGUCUGAUGGUCUAAUUAUCGAUUAUGAAAUUUACCAAAGACUAACCACGCCUUUUUCUGACAAAAGUUUAGGACUCGGACCGGCUGUAAUUUUACGUCUUAUUAUUACAAUACCAGAUGGUUCAUCUGUAUUUUUCGAUCAUUAUUUUAUGAUUAUUCCGUUGAUGAAAAAAUUAGUACAGCUAAAAAUUCAUGGAACCAGUACUAUACAAAUGAAUCGUCUACAGAAAUUCCAAUUUAAAGCAGAUUCUAAAAUGAAAAGAGGAGAUUUAGAAGAAGUUAUAUCUGAUGAUAAAAAUAUUUCUAUGUUGAAAUGGAAAGACAACAAGUCAGUAGUUACGACAUCAUUGUGUUACGGAGGUUUACCGACAACAACAGUAUCCAGAUGGGAUAAAACACAAAAAAAGUAUAUUGACGUACAAAUUCCUAAUAUGAUAUCAAAAUACAAUGAAAAAAUGGGUGGUGUUGAUCAUUUUGAUCAAAUGAUGGAAUAUUACAGAACUUGGUUAAAAACAAGAAAAUGGCCACUUAAAUUUAUAUUACACUUACUUGACCUAUCAGUAACAAACAAUUUGCUACAGUUCAGAUUGGAAAUUGGUGAAUGCUUAACUAUGGCAACACCGCCACCACCUACAUAUCAAGACACCGAAGAAGAUGGAGAACCACCGAUAAAAAUAAAACCACCUGCACCUAUACCAGGUGACGAUGUAAGACUCGAUGCAUAUCAUCAUGAGCCGAGAGCAAUGGACCUUAAAGCUCCCCUAAGUUGUAGAUACAAAGGUUAUACAAGUAGGUCAAAAGUUAUGUGUACAAAAUGUAAAACAUUUUUGUGGAUGUCCAAAGGUAAAAUGUGUUUUGAGAAUUAUCACCAGCUGAAAUAA